UUAUUUUGAAAAUAUGUAUAAAAGCUCAAUUAGGCCUACUGUAAUAUAAACAUGGCUCUUCAAGUUUGGGUCGAAGAUAAACUUCAUGAAAUCCUUGGUAUGAGUGAGAAACAUGUUGCCCAAUACCUUAUUGGACUAUGUCAGAAAAGUACAUCAAUGGACGGGUUUGCUGACACUCUACAAAAGACUGGUGCGUUUGAUGUCACUGAUAAAUUUUUAAGUUUUGCAAAAGAUUUAUAUGCAAAAGUUCCACACAAACAAGUUGCCACCAGCAAUACUAAUCGUUUACGAGAACAAAAAAUUGUUUCAAUGCAUCAGAAAAAUUUAAGUUAUAAAUUAGUGUCAUCUGAUGAUGAUGAAACUAUUCCGCCAAAAUCAAGUCGUAAGACAACAUCAGUUUCCUUCUCGGAUAAGAAAGAAAGAAAAGGAUCUAUGGGUAAAAAAGUUCGAGCAAUACGUAAGCGUAAUCAGUCAUCUUCUGAAAGCGAGGAUGAACAACCAACAGGAAAUGACAAAGAUGAUAAAUCUGGAUCGUCAUCAUCAGAUGAAUGGGACAAGGAAGAACAACAAAGAAAACAAGACUUGGAAGAGCGAGAUAAAUUUGCUGAACGAAUGAAAAAAAAGGAUAAAGAGAAAACCAGAAAAGUCAUGGAUCGAAGUGAUGGAAAAGCAUACAAAGAAGCAAAAAAACGUCUUGAAAUUGCAGAUGCCAAUGACUCAAAAAUCCUACAAGAUCUUCGUAAAAAAUCAAGGCGAGAAUAUUUGAAGAAAAGAGAAGAAGAUAAAUUACAAGAAUUAGAAGGUGAUAUUUAUGAUGAGGAACAUUUUUUCGCUGGUGAAGAAUUAACAGAAAAGGAACGCCAAGAAUUAGAAUUCAAGAAGCAAGUUCGCGAUAUCGCGUUAAACUACAAAGGUAUUGGUGAAUCACAAAAACGAGGUCGUUAUUACAUACCAGAGGAAAAAAAGAGAGGUGAUAUACAUGAUGAAUAUGAUGAAACUAUUGGACCAUCAGGAGAAUCUGGUAAAUUGAUUUCAGAGAAUGAACGUUGGGAAGAAGCUCGUAUUCAUGCCGCAAUAGCUCAUUAUGGCGCUAAAGAUGCAAGAGAAAAGAAAGAAGAGAAGAAGUACGAGCUUCUCACAGAAGAUGAUGUGAUUGAAUUUGUUCAAGCUGCUACACACAAAGGCACAUUGAAUGAAGAUCAAUCACCAGAUAUGAGUGCAUCUGAAAAAAAGAAAAUGUCUAUAAAAGAAACUAGGGAAAAUCUUCCAAUCUAUGGAUUUCGUGAAGACUUAUUGGAUGCUAUUGAUGAACACCAAGUUUUGAUUAUUGAGGGUGAAACUGGUAGUGGCAAAACUACUCAGAUUCCUCAAUAUUUGUGUGAGAGUGGAUAUUGCAAAGGGGGAGUGAAAGUCGGUUGUACUCAACCUCGUCGAGUUGCUGCAAUGUCUGUAGCAGCUAGAGUUGCAUCGGAAAUGAAUGUAAAACUUGGGGCAGAAGUUGGUUACUCAAUUCGAUUUGAAGAUUGUACCAGUGAGCGUACCAAGUUAAAAUAUAUGACUGAUGGUAUGCUCUUGCGUGAAUUUCUCACUGAACCAGACUUGAAGGGAUAUAGUGUUAUUAUGAUUGAUGAAGCUCAUGAACGUACUUUACAUACGGAUAUAUUAUUUGGGCUUGUAAAGGAUAUUGCUAGGUUUCGACCUGAAUUAAAAUUGCUAAUUAGCAGUGCUACAUUGGAUGCCGAAAAAUUUUCUGCAUUUUUUGAUGACGCACCAAUCUUCAGAAUACCAGGUCGACGUUACCCAGUGGAUAUUUAUUACACAAAAUCACCAGAAGCUGAUUAUCUUGAUGCCUGUGUGGUAUCUGUGUUUCAAAUUCAUCUGACACAGCCUCUUGGUGAUAUUCUUAUUUUUUUAACUGGACAAGAGGAAAUUGAGACUUGUGCUGAAGUUAUUCAAGAGCGUGCGAGGCAACUAGGGUCAAGGAUCAAAGAACUUGUUAUUUUACCUAUUUAUGCAAACUUACCAUCUGAUAUGCAAGCAAAAAUAUUUGAGCCAACUCCCCCAGGUGCUAGGAAAGUUGUUAUUGCCACUAAUAUCGCAGAGACUUCUCUUACUAUUGAUGGAAUUGUUUAUGUAAUUGAUCCUGGAUUUUGUAAGCAAAAAAGUUUUAAUGCAAGAACAGGUAUGGAGUCUCUUAUAGUAGUUCCAUGUUCAAAACAAAAUGCAAAUCAAAGAGCGGGCCGAGCUGGAAGAGUUGGACCAGGAAAAUGCUUCAGAUUAUAUACUGCAUGGGCUUACAAACAUGAACUUGAAGAUGCAAGUGUCCCUGAGAUUCAGCGAACGAACCUCGGAAAUGUUGUAUUGAUGCUUAAAAGCUUGGGUAUCAAUGAUUUAAUUCAUUUUGAUUUUAUGGAUCCACCCCCUCAUGAAACUCUUGUUAUGGCUUUAGAGCAGCUUUAUGCACUUGGUGCUUUGAAUCACCUCGGUGAACUAACAAAACUGGGGCGUAGAAUGGCAGAAUUUCCAGUUGAUCCUAUGUUAUCAAAAACUUUGUUAGCAUCUGAGAAAUAUAAAUGUUCUGAAGAAGUGGUAACCAUAGUUGCCAUGUUAUCAGUUAAUAACUCCAUAUUUUAUAGACCCAAAGAUAAGAUAGUGCAUGCUGAUAACGCUCGACAAAACUUUUAUAUGCCUGGGGGUGACCACCUUGUUUUACUAAAUGUAUAUAACCAAUGGGUGGGAACUGGUCAUUCUACUCAAUGGUGCUUUGAAAAUUUCAUUCAACAUAGGUCAAUGAAAAGAGCUCGUGAUGUACGAGAUCAACUCGAAGGUCUGAUGGAACGUGUGGAAAUUGAACCAACUUCAAAUCCAAAUGAUAUUGUUGGAAUACGUAAAGCGUUUACAGCAGGAUUUUUCUAUCAUGUUGCUCGCCUGACGAAAGGUGGUUACAAAACAGCUAAACAUCAGCAAAGUGUUCACAUUCAUCCAAAUAGUAGUAUGUUCGAAGAGCAACCCAGAUGGCUUUUAUAUUUUGAGCUUGUGUUUACAAGUAAAGAAUUCAUGCGACAAGUCAUUGAGAUAGACAGUCAAUGGUUACUUGAAGUUGCCCCACAUUACUAUCAAGCGAAGGAAAUUGAAGAUUCUAGUAAAAAGAAAAUGCCGAAAAAUGUUGGUAAAUCCAGAGAAGAGCUAGGAUGAACUAACUUGUGAUUGUGAGCGGUAAAAUGGUAUUUCCAACUGCAACUUGGAAGAUUACAACACUUGAGGCAUGGAUAAAAAAGAGAAUAAAACGAAUUAUUUUCAGUAACAUGCUGAAGAGAGGGCUGAUGAAAAAGAUAGAACCAUGGGCAGAACAAAUCUUCUUGGAUAUAUAUUUAUAUACAUAUACUUUGUGUUGAGCAUGCAUACUUUGCGACUUAUGUCCAGUAAAAUUGAAAUGAAUUACAAAUUUGAUUCCAGAUUUUUGCGAUUUGGUCAUAUCAGUACCUGGAAUCAGCAAUUUGUGGGCCAAAUUUUCUUUCAGUAAUUUUAAAGAUGUUAUUCAACAUUUCAAUAAUCAUUUUAUUGAUUUUUUUCUUCCGCAAAUUAUACAAAUCUCCUAUUUUUCAAAGUAUCUGGACACAGUUUCACCUUUGUCUUCAAAUUGACUUACAUAUGGAUACAAAAUUUGAUCAGAUGAAGCCGAACUAGAACAAUUUCCACUUUUCAUCUGAGUAAAAAUACUUUGCUCUUGUAAAGUGAUGGCUGCUUGUCUAACGCACUAUAACAACAAAUAAGUGAAUAUCCAGAAUAAAAAGAUCUAUUUUUAAGUAAUCAAUUACAAAUUUUGAUUUGGUUGAGUUUUGAUAGUGUAUGUGAAAGAUGAAGAAAGAAUUUUUGAUAAAAUAUGAUUCUUUAAGUCGCUAUUUAAUAAGUAAAAUCGUAUUCUGUUUUUCCUGUAGUUAUUCCAGCUUGUCUUGAGACAGCUGGGAUGAAAUCGUUUGAUAUUCAUGUGAUCUACUUAGGGUCUUCUUUGUUUUCUUCCGAGACCCUUGAGUUCUAUGAUCUGCUUCGGAUCGUGAUUAAAGGUUCGAAAUGU